CCAAUGAUUUAAGUGAGAGAAAAAAAGCCUAUCUUGCCACAACUGCUAAAAUAGCAAAGAAAAACCAACAGCAAAAAGAGCAUCUGAUAAGAACCAGACAAGAAGACGGAUCAUGUUUGUUCCUUUGCCGGUGCCGUUUGUCUUGCCGAGAACUGCCUCUGAUCUCCACGCCUGGCGCCUCAAGUCCCCGCUGGCUCUCCGCUCUCACUCCGAUAUCAGAAUGUCAAAGCCAGUAGAGGUUGAGAAUCCAGCGGCAGACUCUCCGAUGGAGAGCACAGACUCAGAAAGAAAUGGCUCAGAUUCAAAUAAUCAGGUUCAGCUGAUGAAAAUCAACCCUUUCUCCCAUUCACCCACACUGAGUAGCGGCAACAAAGCUAAGGUGGAGGAUUGUGGUGAGAUGUCUCCCGCUGCACCCGCUCAGACGGCCCUUUCCCACACACAGCUGAUGCUAACGGGUGGCCAGCUCGCAGGGUUGACUGCACUUUUGCCUGCACAGCAACAGCUGCUCUUACAGCAGGCGCAGCUCCUCGCUGCAGCUGUGCAGCAGUCACAUGUGGCCCACGCAGCCAAUCAACAGCAGGCCCAGCAGCAGGCCAAUCAGCAGGCAGCUCAGCCGCAGCCACAUGGCCAAUCGCAGAGCACACAAGAACAAACCGCCACCCCCGUCCCACCUCCUCCUCACCAGCUCCCUCUUUCUCAGCCAAUCCAGCUCACUGCCCAGGACAUUCAGCAGUUGUUACAGCUGCAGCAGUUAGUCCUCGUUCCAGGACACACUCUGCCUUCACAGUUUCUUUUACCACAAACGCAGCACGGGCAGCAAGGGCUGCUAUCAACACCAAAUCUAAUUCCACUACCUCAGCAAAACCAAGGAAGCCUGCUGGCCGGUCCACCCAGACUUAGUCUUCAAGCACAGAGAGAAAAGGUUGCAGAGAGCAGCGUGAACACAGUGACACAAGUGACCUCUCACCCUGAGGAGCCCAGUGACCUGGAGGAACUGGAGCAAUUUGCCCGCACUUUCAAGCAGAGAAGGAUCAAAUUGGGCUUCACACAGGGUGAUGUGGGAAUGGCCAUGGGGAAACUCUAUGGGAAUGAUUUCAGUCAGACCACCAUCUCUCGAUUUGAGGCGCUCAAUCUCAGCUUCAAGAACAUGUGCAAACUCAAACCUCUGUUGGAGAAGUGGCUGAAUGACGCAGAAACAAUGUCGAUGGACUCCACCUUGCCGAGUCCCAGUGCUCUCUCCUCUCCCUCGCUGGGGUUUGAGGGCCUGCCUGGCCGCCGCAGGAAGAAACGCACCAGCAUUGAGACCAACGUCCGCAUCGCUCUGGAACGCAGCUUCAUCACGAACCAGAAGCCUACCUCAGAGGAGAUCCUGCUCAUCUCAGAGAAGCUCAGCAUGGAGAAGGAGGUGAUCCGCGUCUGGUUCUGCAACCGCCGACAGAAAGAGAAACGUAUUAACCCCUCCAGUGCCACCCCUCCCUUGCCCAGCCAACCCCAGCCCACCUCGCACAAACCCCCCUGCUACAGCCCGCACAUGAUGUCCAGUCAGGGACUAUCCCAGACAGGGACCAGUCUCAGCACAGCAGUGACCACCAUGUCAUCAGUUUGCCCUUUGACCUCAAGCGGACCCACCUUAAGCUCCGCCUCAUCACCUGUAACCCCGCCUUCACGUGGGGAUGCCAGCCCCGCCCCUCCGACUCACAGUACGCUAAGUUUGAACACAGGUUCAUGGCAUAAAAAGAAUGGUGACGUUUCUAACUACAUCACUGACUUUGCUGCAAGUUUGAGGAAUACGAUGAGGAGCAUUAACACAGGAAUGAACCAAGCUCUUCUUGGCAGCAACCCACUUGCUACUAUUCAAGCCCUAGCAGCCAGUGGUGGCCAGCUGCCCAUUUCCAGUCUUGAAGGCAGCAGCAAGGUGUUAAUUGGUGGUUCUGGGGCCCAAGGAGCAGGUCUUACCUCUUCCCUCUUCCUCAACCACUCCUCUUUGUUGUCCAUGGCAACAGGCCCCGGCAUGGGAUUGGGCGGUUCAGCUGUUGGCAAAACCUCAUUUCCUGUCGCAGGCGGCAUGAGUCCCUCCCCUUGCUCGAGCCCCGUCUCUUCCUGCUCGUCCGGUGAAUUGCUGCACAGCCCGCACUCGAUCGGAGGGCCUAAAAUUGAGUGAUGUUGCCCAAGUCCAAUCACAAACGGAGGAGAAGGAGGAGGUGAAACCUUACCUGUCAACCAAAGCAUCUCUUGAUCCCCUCGCUCCCUUUCGUUUCCUCUCGUUCGUACUCUCUUUCUUCCGCUCUCCCACUCUACUGAUGCCAAAAAUACACAAGAGUAGAAGAGGGGAGAGAUGGAGAGACAGAGUUGAAGGAGGAAGGAAGAAGAGAAGAGGGAAAAUGAAACCAAAAAAAACACCAUGAGGCUUAGCGGGACACAGCCAAAUACGUAAAUUAAAGGAGAAGAAAAAACUAUGUGAGUAGUGCAGUGAGACAAGAGGACAAAAAGAGAUCCUUGAGCACCAAAAACAACAAAAAGUACAAACUUUACUGUGUUGUAGAACAACUCUUUGAAGAAAAUGUGGAAUACUGAAUACCAAAAAGUAUAAAGAAACUUUGAGAGACUCGCUAUGACAAAGAAAUACAAGCAUACCAAAAUCUCAAAUACCAAAAACAAACACCAAAAAAUACGGAUGGAAAAGCUUUAUCCAAAGGACCUGUAAAUAGCCAACAGUCCAGGACCAGACCCAGUGACAACAAAUCCAGCCAUCUCUGAGCUCAUCAUCUCAUUUUCCAUGCAAUCAUACCGUUUUCUUUCACGGUUUCUAUGAUUCAAUGUUUCAGCAUAAAAUAUGAGCAAGUCAAGCUCAAACG